AUAUUUCAGCCAUCCAAAACAGUAACCCUAUCUUAUCGCACAUACUUUGGGCCCAGAUAGUGGGGAUCAGAGAGUUUUUUUUUCGUAAAGCUCUUUCCCUGAAAGUGCCCAAGUGGGGAGACCUUUUUAUGAAGCACAUCGAUGACCUCCUUCCGGACCCCAAAACAAAAAAAUUAGGAUGCCACAUAGGUUAUCGAAUCAGAUCUGUGUGAGUCAAUCAGAUGCGUCAUGUCCCAGAUACAAUCGCAUUAGCUUUUAGUUUUCACUCACCGAUAUCAGUUGAACAUGUUUUGCCACAAAUUUAUCUCAAGUCUUCAAGACACAUGAAAGCAGCAAUAGUAGGGAUACCAAUCGCAAUUUACUUCAAAGCCCUAAUGAACAUGAACAGAAAUCGUGGGGAUCGUUGGAGAAAGAUGGCCGAGCUCGUAUUCUCCUUGUGUGUAAUUGACAAAGCCGAGGAUGUAGUUCUUGAUGUAAUAAUGUUAAAGUUCCUCGGAGACUAGUUGCAGCCGACCCACUAGACGCAUCUAUGUAGAAUAUGGCUGACCGAAUCUAUACCAAUCAAUGUUAUCUCACUAGAACCCAUAUGUUCCAUAGCAUCCCAAUGUAAAAUAUAUACUUGGUUAAUUAUAUAAAUAUUUAUUGCGGUGUACAGACCAACGCUCGAUGACAGAAUAA